AUGUAUGCUAGUUUAUUCGCGUUGAAAAAUGCAGGAGUCGAGGGAGUCAUGGUCGACGUGUGGUGGGGAUUGGUGGAGAAAGAGGGACCUUUGAAAUACAACUGGGAAGGAUAUGCUGAGCUUGUAAAGAUGGUGCAAAAGCUUGGUCUGAAACUUCAAGUUGUUAUGUCCUUUCAUCAAUGUGGUGGCAAUGUUGGAGACUCUUGCAGCAUCCCUCUGCCCCCAUGGGUGCUUGAAGAGAUGAGCAAUAAUCCUGAUCUUGUGUACACCGAUAAAUCAGGGCGACGCAACCCUGAGUAUAUAUCGUUGGGCUGCGAUUCAUUGCCUGUGCUAAGAGGUCGAACUCCAAUUCAGGUCUACUCCGAUUAUAUGAGGAGUUUCAGAGAAAGAUUCAACCACUACUUGGGAAAUGUUAUAGUGGAAAUUCAAGUGGGGUUGGGGCCUUGUGGCGAGCUAAGAUAUCCAGCCUACCCAGAAAGCAAUGGCACUUGGAGAUUUCCAGGAGUUGGUGAAUUCCAGUGCUAUGACAAGUAUAUGAGAGCCUCAUUGGCAGCUGCAGCCGAGGCGAUUGGGAAGACUGACUGGGGACUCGAAGGCCCUCACGACGCAGGCCAAUACAACCAAUUACCGGAAGAAACAGGAUUUUUCCAAAGGGAAGGCACAUGGAACACUGAAUAUGGGUAUUUUUUCUUAGAAUGGUAUUCUGGUAAGCUAGUCGAGCACGGAGAUAAAAUCUUGUCAGCUGCACAAGGAAUAUUCGAAGGAACCGGAGCUAUACUAUCAGGAAAAGUAGCUGGAAUUCAUUGGCACUACAAAACAAGAUCACACGCAGCUGAAUUAACUGCUGGAUACUACAAUACUAGGAAUCGAGAUGGUUAUUUGGCAAUUGCCCGAAUGUUAAGUAAACAUGGAGUAGUGUUCAAUUUUACAUGUAUGGAAAUGAGGGACGGAGAACAGCCAGAGAGGGCUAAUUGCUCGCCUGAAGGUCUAGUUCGACAAGUGAAGAUGGCUACUAAAUCUGCUGGAACACAACUUGCUGGAGAAAAUGCUCUGGAGAGGUAUGAUUCUGGUGCAUAUUCGCAAGUGUUGGCAACAGACCGGUCAGAUUCUGGAAAUGGACUCACUGCAUUUACAUAUCUAAGAAUGAAUAAGCGAUUGUUCGAAGCUGAGAAUUGGAGCAAGUUUGACGAAUUCGUGAAGAACAUGUCAGAAGGUGGUCGAAACACGACACUUUCAGAGAGUGAUAUGAGCAGGACGAACUUGUAUGUCAGAUUCAUUAAGGACCAUAAUGUGCACAAGAAGAAGAGCAUAAUCAAGACUACCUGUUUGUAA